AUGGAAACCUCGAAUAGUAGUUUUCAGAAAGUUGGGAGUCAACGUGAUGCAAGAAGCACAACUGUGGUUGGUUAUGACGAGGAUGCAAGGAUUCUAAUCGAGAAACUUAAGGGAGGGAGGAAGCAGCUUCAGUUUAUCUCAGUUUUUGGCAUGGCUGGACUAGGUAAGACUACUUUGGUCAGAAAAGUCUUUACUGAACCUUUAAUUGAAUAUCACUUCCACGUUCGCGCCUGGACAACUGUUACUCAAGAGCCUAAAAAGAGAGAUCUCCUGCUUGGCAUCUUAAAAUCAGGUUUUGAUGUUGAUAAUAAGAAUGAGAGUGACAUGGAAUUAAGAGCAACCUUGAAAAGGAGGCUAAGCGGUCAGAGAUAUCUUGUUGUCAUGGACGACAUAUGGGAUAGUAAGGACUGGAACGACCUGAUGUUGUGUUUUCCAGAUGACAAUCUCGGAAGUAGAAUAGUAUUCACAUCUCGACUUGCAGACGUGCCAUUUAAAGUUCAUCCUGGGUGCUACAAGUAUCCUUUGCGGUUCUUAAGUCACGAAGAAAGCUGGAAUUUACUCAGGUACAGGGUGUUUCUUGAAGACAGUUGUCCAACAUCUUUGAUUAAGAUUGGACAAGAGAUUGCUAGAAAUUGCAAGGGGCUACCACUUUCACUUGUUGUGAUGGCCGGAAUCCUUGCAAGUGACCAGACAGCAAACUGGUGGAAUCAAGUUGGCGAAGAUACGAGUUCUAAUGUAAGUAAUGCCCCAGAACAGCACAUGAAGACUGUAGAACUCAGCUAUAAACAUUUGCCAAAUCAUCUCAAACCAUGUUUCCUCUACUUCGCAGCCUUCCCAGAGGAUUAUGAAAUACCUGCAUGGAAGUUAAUUUUGUUAUGGAUGGCUGAGGGACUCAUCAAAACUACCCAAACAACAGAAAAGUUUCCGGAAGAUGAGGAAAACAGUUUGGAAAAGGUAGCAGCAGGUUACUUGAACAAUCUGAUCUCUAGAAGUCUGGUAAUGGUUUCCAAAACCGGGUCUAAUGGUGGAAUCAAAGCGUGUAUCGUUCAUGAUGUGUUGCGUGAUUUUUGCAUUCAAAGAGCAAGCAAGGCAAAUUUUUUACAGCAACUUCCAAGAUACCAACUACAUGUUUCUAAUACUCCUACCAAAAGCACGGUCAAGAGAGUAUACUCUGGAUCUGACAGUGAGAAGAAUUUCAUAUUGGAACUUACAAGGUACUUUCAACUUGAAAAUUUAUUUUCACCAUAUGAAACUUUAUUAAAUAAAUCUACAGAUUCCCUAAAGGUUAAUACAAUAUUGUGCUGCAAUGCAUCACUGUCCUUUUACGCUGAUUGCUAUGAUUUUUACGCUCUCGGGGCAUUCAGAGUUCUAAGGGUUCUAGAUUUAUCAGGUACUGGGUUAUCUAAUGUUCCCCAUGUAAUGGUAUCUCUACUUACAUUAAGAUAUGUUGCACUUUGCAUUAAGCCUGUCGAUGACCACAGAGGUUUCGUCGAUCUCAGUUUACCCAAUUCAAUGAAUAGUCUUAUUUUUCUAGAGACCCUUAUUGUACAUAACAGAAAAGAAAAUGGGAUUCAUGUACCUUAUGAAACAUGGAUGUUGAAUAGGCUAAAACACCUUAUCCUAAGAGGGAACAUAGUUCACCAAGAUAUUCCAGAUUCACAAAUGCACUGUCUUUCAAACUUGAAAACUGUUUCAACCCAGAUUCCUCUUGACCAGUGUAAGAAAAUCUUAGAAUAUACUCCAAAUCUUCGGAAGUUGGGGAUCAGAGCAGCACUCUAUCUAUCCUCCACCAAGUUGAGGAUUCCAAAUCUCGACAAACUUCAGCAUUUAGAAAAUCUGAGUUUGCAAAAUGAUUUGAACCCGGGCUAUGAUUUAACGGACAAUCUAUUACAUAGGGAGUUGACCAGUCCAUUCAUGUUUCCUGCAACCCUCAAGAAGCUUACACUAGUAUGUACCUUCUUGAAAUGGGAUGAAAUGGAACAAAUUGGAAUGCUACCCAACCUUGAAGUUCUCAAAUUGCAGUGUGAGGCAUUCCGCGGGGAAAAGUGGGAAACGACCGAUGGCGGGUUCUGUAGGCUCAAGCACUUGGCAUUUAAGUUCAUCAAAUUUGUUCAAUGGAGUGCCUACAGUGAGCAAUUUCCGAACCUUCAGCACUUGAAGAUGGAUGAAUGUACACAACUUGAGGAGAUUCCAAUUGGUAUUGGAGAUAUAUACACUCUCGAGAGGAUUGAGAUAAGGAAUUGCAACUAUGCUGUUGUCCAGUCUGCACAUAAAAUUAUAGAAGAUCAGUUAAACAAAGGAAAUGAUUUCUUGAAGAUAUCAGUAUUUCAAGAAAUCGUAACAGAGUGAAGAGUGUUUAUCAUCAACCCCAUCCAUGUGAUACUUGUGCUGCUAGCCAGCUUGUUGAAUGGACGAUCACCAACAAUUAAGUCAAAGCCGCCAAACGAAGCCAUGUAGUUGCUCCAGCCAUAAAUUUCAAGAACCUUGCUUCCAUCAGACAGCUCCUUGGAGAAAUGUCAUCGGCCUUUGCCAUUUGAGCAUCAGUUAUAAAAUCAAUCAGAUCAACGACUGAAGCCUCAGGACCUGCAAUUUAAAUCAUUUAUGAAAAUCCAGAAAGUGCUAGGUAAAUUUUGUGUGCUAUAGAAACUAUAAUAAAACCAAGUGCCUCCUUAUAAAUAAAAGAAAGUUUCAUUCA